AUGCCUCUUCCGGUUGCGAAGGCGUAUAUUCAUUUGCUUCUUCUCGGGCUACAGGAAGUGGCUUUAGACCUGAAGCUCGCAAAUAUCCUGAUGACCUUUGAGAAUGAGAACGCUAUCCCUAGGUUCAUCCAAGAACAAGUCCUCAAGUUUCCCAUGCACUACAAGACUGAUCCUGUGACCAAUCACACUACCUACCAAAGCUACAACGGCUUCGGGCCCAUGGACGUUAAGGAGAUCGGAAAUAUACUCCCCAAAAUAAACGAUUUCGGCUCGGGAUGGCCAUUGGAUGUCGUCGACCUAGAAACAAAGUCACAAAACGAACCCGUUAUUACGUAUCCUAUACAACCAAACUACUACCGCGCGCCGGAAGUUGUCCUUGACUAUGGGUGGGACUUUAGCGCCGAUAUAUGGAACUUUGGUGUCCUUGUUUGGAACAUUAUCGAAGGCACAGAGCUGUUUACUCAAGUGGAAGAUGCUAACGGUCGAUACGAUCCUAAAUCACAUCUGGCAGAAAUGAUUGCUCUGCUUGGUCCACCACCUAAGGAGGUAAUUGAGCGAGCAGACUUUAUGUCACAGGUAGAAUAUGCUUCUACGAUUAGCAUUGAGGUUGGAAAGCCGUGCAAGAAUGCCCGAGAGGUCUUUGGCGGUCCGUACUUCGAUGAAGAAGGGAAAUUCCUUCACGAGGAACUGAUACCUAAUCGGAAAUUGGAGGAUACAAUCCCAUCUCUCGAUGACUCAGAAAGGGAGCUGUUCUUAUCUUUUGCUAGGGAUAUGCUCACUUGGGUUCCAUCGGAGAGGAAAACUGCUCGUGAACUGACAGAGCAUCCGUUCCUCAAUUUUGGUGGAUAUGUUUUUAAAGAUGUCUUGGAAGGGCGCUCUACGGGGUAA